AUGACGGAUCGCGAGGAAAGUGUCACUGUCGCGCAUAGCAAGACGUUCGAGUGGAUAUUCUCCGAUAAAGUGAGCCCCGUAUUCCAGCGAUGGCAAUCGAAGAAUUCUCUUAGUGCUUGGUUGAAAGGUGGGGAACAUCAGGAAGGGAUAUAUUGGAUUAGUGGCAAAGCGGGAUCUGGAAAGUCUACCUUUAUGCGCUUUGUGAUGCACCAUGCCCAGACAAUGAAGUUACUUCAAUCAUGGGCGGGGAAUGAGCAACUCAUCACCGCCGGCUUUUAUUUUUGGAUUAGCGGCACCUUGGAGCAGAGGUCUCAGACAGGCUUGAUCCGGCAUCUUCUGGCCCAACUACUGGACCAGAACAGAUAUCUCAUUCCAACGGUCUUUCCGGUCAGGUGGAAACACCUUCUGUCUUUGAGUACGCGAGAACGCGUCAAAGCGUCCAUCUCAUGGGACCUUGCGGAGCUGACAGCAGCACUGCGAUCUUUUCUUGAUGUUGCAGGCCGGGGCGGUAAGGUUUGUUUAUUCAUUGAUGGACUAGACGAAUUCGCAGGCGACCAUCAGCAAAUCGUGGAAUUCUUCAAGGAUUGCGUUGCUUCAUACCCUCACGUUAAAAUUUGUCUAUCCAGCCGGCCUCUCUCAACUUUUCGUGCCGCCUUUGGAACAAAUCCCGGCGUUGAGCUUCACGAAUUGACCCAAGGAGAUAUGCUUCACUAUACCCAAGACCAUUUACACGGAGACGACUUGAUUAGCCAAGUUCUCAUCAAGGAUGAGGCGGCGGCAUCGAAUCUCAUAAAUAGCAUUGUUAAAGCCGCAGACGGCGUCUUUCUCUGGGUGAUGCUUGUGGUUCAAUCCUUACUGCGCCGUGGAAACUAUCAACAUAUUCGGCAAAUGCAUGAUUAUCUGGGCCAGCAUCCUACCGACUUAGACGACUUAUUCUCAUAUUUCCUUUUUGAUUCUGCAUCGACCAAUGAAACUAUGAUUGCUUCACGCCUGUUCCAGCUCAUUCAGGCCAGACAAGAGGCAUGUUAUGCUACUAGACAAGAAGAUGCAGCUUCCAUAAGCCUCUGGGAAUUUGCUCUGGCCGAUCAAUCCGAAGAGAUCGUGGGUCACAUCCCAAAAGACGUGCAACAAGCGAGCGAAAAGGACAUCAUCCGUAUAUGCGAAGUGACCAAGACACGGAUGUCCAGGGAGUGCAGAGGGCUGAUGGUGACUCAUAGCUCAGGCUCAUCAACAAGCAUGCUUUGUCGCGAUACACCAUCGUCGGCUCAGCGGUUAGGCUAUAGUAAGGUCACUUAUGCGCAUCGAACUGUGAAUGAUUUUCUCGCCCCGCCUCAAGUUCGGUCUCGGCUCUUGAAGCCAAUGAUGGGAUCGAACUUUGAACCGCACAUAUCGCUUCUCACCUCCAUCAUUUUUCAAUUCAGGUGGCCAUUAGACGAAUUUCAUCCCAAUCGACAGAUAGAUGAUCGGUGGCCGAACAUAAUUCUCGCAUUCACCCAUGCACGAUUGUCUCUAAAUCAUCAACAGUCACAGUUGGUGCUUAUUCCUGAGCUAGACCGAGCUCUGUGUCAGCAUUGGGUGACCCGCCAGUCGAUUGAACAUGAUCAUUGGGCGCGGAACCUUUUUUCAUCGUAUGAGAAACGAAGAAAUCUCAGCUUUCGUAAUCCAUUUCUUUCACUCUCUGCUAAGUUCGGCCUAGCAGCUCUAGUACGUGAAAGUGUCCGGACAGAUGAUGAAAUCCUUCAUGGCAGCGAUAACGGCAUACCACUUCUCAGUCACUCCAUCGAAUUUCUCGCAAGUCGCCGGCAAAGCGUGUACCCUUUAUCCAGUCCGGAAAUUAUCAGCGACAUUCUGAAGAGUGGCGCUGAUCCGAAUCAGCCCUACCAAGGUCUGAAUGGAAAGGAGCAGACUCCCUGGCUUGCUCUUCUGGAUUAUCUCCGGGAAGCUGAUCGUCGUCGAUGGAUUAAAUAUUACGACAUUAGUGAGCAUGGGACAUCUCGUCUGGCGCUGAUUGUAUCGUUGUUCAUUCAACACGGCGCUGACCCUAAUGGGCUACUUGUUGAGACCAAAUUUGAUCCAUCGGCUUCCGCCCUGGAAAUAAUCACUGCCAUCUACCGAAAAAACGCUGAUCCAGAGUUUGGCCAACUUCGCAAAGUACUGAUAGAUAAAGGAGCUCUAGAGCGGGAAGGACAUGGUAUUCUGUAUCAGGUGUAUGGGGCAUAG